CUCGGGCCGCCCCCGCCAGCCCGGCUGCGAGCGGGGAUCUCCGCCGGGAGCCGCCGCUUUCCCGGUGGGCAGCGAGGAGCAGGAGAAGGGGUUUUCCUCCGAGUUGGCGCACGAGUCAAUGGAGAAGGGCAGAGGCGAGGGCUGCCAGCGGCGUGCCUGCCUGCAGCCCUGGGCUGUGCCUCGCACCGCCUGGGGAGGCAGCGGCUCCUCCGGCGAUGGGCGUUUGUGUCUGCGGCAUCAAAACGCAGGGCCGGGUUAGUAUUGCACUGUCCCCUUCUUCUCCCCGCGGUGCCGCGGGUCAAGGACGGGGCGGGCAGCGGGGACACAGCCCUGCUCCAUCGGGGACACAGCCCUGCUCCAUCGGGGACACAGCCCUGCUCCAUCGGGGACACUGCCCUGCUCCAGCGGGGACACAGCCCUGCUCCAGCGGGGACACAGCCCUGCUCCAUCGGGGACACUGCCCUGCUCCAGCGGGGACACAGCCCUGCUCCAGCGGGGACACUGCCGUGCUCCAGCAGGGACACUGCCGUGCUCCAGCGGGGACACUGCCGUGCUCCGGCGGGGACACUGCCCGGCUCCAGCGGGGACACAGCCCUGCUCCAGCAGGGACACUGCCCUGCUCCGGCGGGGACACUGCCGUGCUCCAGCGGGGACACUGCCCGGCUCCAGCGGGGACACUGCCGUGCUCCAGCGGGGACACAGCCCUGCUCCAGCGGGGACACAGCCCUGCUCCAGCGGGGACACUGCCCUGCUCCAGCGGGGACACUGCCCUGCUCCAGCGGGGACACAGCCCGGCUCCAGCGGGGACACAGCCCGGCUCCAGCAGGGACACAGCCCUGCUCCAGCGGGGACACUGCCCUGCUCCAGCGGGGACACAGCCGUGCUCCAGCGGGGACACAGCCGUGCUCCAGCGGGGACACAGCCCUCCUCCAGCGGGGACACAGCCCUCCUCCAGCAGGGACACUGCCCUGCUCCAGCGGGGACACACUGCAUGCUCCAGCAGGGACGCCCCCGUGGACAGCUCCAGCGGGGACAAUAAUGAAGGGAAAUCAGAAUUUCUAAAAUAUUCUUCACCAUUCCUUAAGGCUUGUGUACAUCAGUACAAAGUCCCAGUUCUUCUCAUGUUUCUGCAACAUCCCUGAGGAGGAAAGAGAUCUUUUAUUGCCUCCUGAAAGAGAAGUGAUUUUUCCUGGAGCCUUUUCUUGGGGGCAGUAUCAGCAGGGCUGGAAGCCUGACUCACUGUUCCGAAGCUAAGUGAAGCUCAUCAGCAAAACAAAACACAAAAGAAGGGGAUGGCAGUGGAGCAAGUGAUGGUUAAAAAGUGCCACAUCCAGUUUGCAGCACUAUGAGUUUCUCAACUUUGCAGUUAACAACAGUGAAAUGCCACGAGAAGCUGGAGGCAAAGGAAGAACCUCUGCCAUCUAUUUUCUGUUGUGCUGCUGCCACUUUUAAGUCUGGCCUAGUUUUGAACAUCCUGAGCAGUAGGGCUUCCCUGGAGAGGGCUAUUUCUACAAUAGAAGCAUAUGUUUCCUCAGAGCUAGAAUUGUCUCCAGGGCACAGUUCAGGUAGCUGCUCAUGUGCUGGGGAGAGCUGAUUGUAGUAAGAAUCUUCUCCUCUCUUCCCACCUGGAACUCUCAGUGGAGCCUCACAGGAGGCUCUGAUGCACGUGACAUGUUUCUGGGUUGUAAGAGGAAUAAAACUGGGAAAUUUGUUCACAUUCAAUAAUGGUUCCCUCUCUCCUGCCCUGCAAAUGGAGAGGCCACAGAAAGUAAAUCUGCUCCUCACACCUCAGUUGGCUUAAUUGAAGCUUCUUGAGGAACUUUUUUGCCUUGCUGCAUCAGGAUUUUCUAAAGCAGGAUGAACUGGGUUUCCACAUCUGAUUUGCUUUGGCUUCACUGAGGUAAAAUUAGUGAAAUUCUUUGUCAUGUAUCAGAAUUAAGGGCCCAAACUAAAGGUGCAGAUUGCUCUUGUGUUCUGUGUGUAAAUGGUAUUUGGAGGGGGUUUUGUCCUUCAAACAACUUCAAACCACUUUUGGCCUAAAUGAAAUUAAUUUGGUUGUUCUGCUCUCUGAAUUGUGCAGUAACAGAACCCCAGACAGAAAUGUCAAUAAAGCCAAUUCAAAGCUAACCACAA